UGUUGUAUAUUGUUUGCGUUCAAAUACUAACGGGCGCACACCUUGGGCUUCAGAAGGCACGCCGGGGCAGGGCCCGGGGUCUGCACUUGUAACCACGGCCUCGGGUGGGUUUGAUGAGAUGGUUUAGAGUAGACUAUACUUUGAAAAGCGGAGUGGAACGGGUAAGGAUGGUGAUACAAGAGUCAGCUGUUCCAAGGUGUCCUGUUUUGGCUGCGUUGGAGGCUUAAGGCUUAGUCCGGGCUUAUUCACACCUUUGCACAUUCACAAAGCGGGGGCGUCGCGGCGUCAGUCCCUGAGGCACCAGCGACGAGGAAACUCGCCCACGCUCCGGGCCAGCGACGCCGGCGCCACCCAAACCGCAGGUCCCCAAAGCUCCUCGGGCUUUUCUUCGUUCUCAUUCGAGCUCAGGUCCACGCGUUUUCUCGCCGCUUCCCGCCGGCGCCCAGGGUCCACCACCAGCUGCUAGUCCGGUGGGGGCUCCCACGGAAGCGACGCCCAGUCCCGCCUCCUGCUCGCCGGAACCGGAAGUCAGCGGCUGCAGCCCGUUCACCGCCCGCCCCGCGGGCCUCCCGCACCAUGCUCCGCGGUGCCCGCUGCCUGCGCGGGGCUCCCUCGGCUCCCUCCGCGGUCCUGGCGGUGGCUCUGCUCUCGUCGCUCUCGCGCUGCUCCCUCCCGGAGCCGGAGCAUCCCGCGGCCUCGGCGCUCAGCGCCUACUUCGGCACCAAGACUCGCUACGAGGAUGCCAACCCCGGGCUGCUGCGAGACCCCGAGUCGCCGCGGCGCGACCCGGAGCUGCUGGAGGAGACCUGCACCCCGGUGCAGCUGGUCGGCCUCAUCCGCCACGGCACCCGCUACCCGACGGCCAAACAGAUCCGCAAGCUGCGGCAGCUGCACGGGCUGCUGGAGGCCCGCGGGCCCGGGGGGGACCCGGCCGCCGCCGACGCCGCCGGCCGAGACCUGGGCGCCGCGCUGGCCGCCUGGCCGCUGUGGUACGCGGACUGGAUGGACGGGCAGCUGGUAGAGAAGGGGCGGCAGGACAUGCGACAGCUGGCGCUGCGCCUGGCCUCCCUCUUCCCGGCCCUCUUCAGCCGCGAGAACUACGGCCGCCUGCAGCUCAUCACCAGCUCCAAGCACCGCUGCGUGGAGAGCGGCGCCGCCUUCCUGAAGGGGCUGUGGCAGCACUACCACCCCGGGCUGACGCCCCCCGACGUUGCAGACAUGGAGUGUGGACCUCCAAGAAUUAAUGAUAAACUAAUGAGGUUCUUUGAUCAUUGUGAAAAGUUUUUAACUGAAGUGGAAAGGAAUGAUACGGCUCUUUAUCAUGUAGAAGCCUUCAAAACUGGACCAGAAAUGCAGAACAUUUUAAAAAAAGUUGCAGCUACUUUGCAAGUGCCAGUCAACAAUUUAAAUGCAGAUUUGAUUCAGGUAGCUUUUUUCACCUGUUCAUUUGACCUGGCAAUUAAAGGUGUUAAAUCGCCUUGGUGUGAUGUUUUUGACACAGAUGAUGCAAUGGUAUUAGAAUAUUUAAAUGAUCUGAAACAAUAUUGGAAAAGAGGAUAUGGGUAUACUAUUAAUAGUCGAUCCAGCUGCAUCCUGUUUCAGGAUAUCUUUCGGCACUUGGACAAAGCAGUUGAACAGAAAAAAAGGUCUCAGCCAAUUUCCUCUCCAGUCAUCCUUCAUUUCGGUCAUGCAGAGACCCUUCUUCCACUGCUUUCACUCAUGGGCUACUUCAAAGACAAGGAGCCCCUCACAGCUUACAAUUACAAGGAACAAAUGCAUCGGAAGUUCCGAAGCGGUCACAUUGUACCUUAUGCCUCAAACCUGAUGUUUGUGCUUUACCAUUGUAAAAAUGCUAAGACUCCUAAAGAAGAAUUCCGAGUGCAGAUGUUACUGAAUGAAAAGGUGUUACCAUUGGCUCACUCACAAGAAACUGCUUCUUUGUAUGAUGAUCUGAAGAACCACUACAAGGACAUCCUUCAGAGUUGUCACAGCAGUGAAGAAUGUCAAUUACCAAAGGUGAACAACACAUCUGAUGAGCUAUGAGUAACUGGAGAACAUUUUUAAUUCAUCAGGAAUCUAUAGGGUGUGAUUACAUGCUUGGAAUAGGUGGGCAAUCCCUGGUUACAGAAAGCUUUCACAUUACUUGGGCAUUUCCGUCUUCAUAGAAAAAUGUUGAGCUUCUUUUUGAGUCUGGACAUGAACGUGUAAGCAACAAUUCUUCACUGGAGCAGCUCUCUUAAGGGGAAAAAUAUCUAUUCAAAGAAAUAGUUGGCACUGCAAAUGUUUACAGAAGUUAAAUUCUUCCUAUUUUUACAAGAAAUCUCACACUGAGAAUAUGUUUUCAAAAUAAUGCUUGAAAAUGCUAGAGUAACAAAGGAUGUCAGUUGAAUGAUCCAUAACUUGAUUGAACCAAGUCCAGAAACUUUACCAGUUGUGCUGCAAUUCUCUCUUUUUUUUCCUCAAGUAGCACAAUUCUAUGUUGGGAGCGGUUAUAGGGUUAAGCCUCGGACUGACUUGCGACUUUCUCCCAACAGUUCUAGUAUUAUCUUUCUUAAUCAGAAAUAUUGUGAUACAAUGGGAAUAUCAUUUUGGAAGAAUGUUAAGAUCUCUCUUGAGAAUUUGAAACAAUAUUAAGCAGUCUGAUGUAAAAGGACACUUUGAUUGAAGAAAGACAAAAAAUAAAAUGUUUUUGUUAAUAGUAUUUAUAAAGUAUUUGAAGACUUUUUCAAUAAUUCCUUUUAGACUUCUACUAAGUCCUACAAGGCCAGUGUUUAAUUAUCAUACCUAUUUUAUAAUUAUAACAAUAGAAGGACAAAGAGGACCAUUUGCAAUGUCAGAUGGAUAGAAUCAAAGUUUCUUCAAUCCAGUGCUUAGCAGUUUUUAGCAUUCUGUCACUUUGCUUCAGUUUUUAUACAGGGUGUCCCAAAAAAUGUAUACACACUUUGAAUAAUUAUAAAAGCACUGUUUAUUAAAAGACAUUUCAUUUUUCAAAAUGUAGUAGAAUCAGCUGUUAAAGUUUAUGUAUACAUUUUGGGGGGACACCCUCUAUUUUGCUAUUAAAUCUUUUGAAAUAUC